CACCACGCUUCCUUAUUUUUGUAGUGCUGCGUAUUUAGUCUCUUUUGAUCAGCGAUACUGAAGGAAGCGAAGUGAGCCAAGAUGUAGCGAGGAAGGGGUGGAAGAGUAAAGGGAGGCAUUAAACUUGACGAGCCUUGUGGAAUUUGCAGUUCCAAUCUCUAAUUUUAAGAUGUUCCUUCAUAGAACUAAGCCGGGUUUUCUUUAUGAUCUUAUCGGUCGCUUCUUGGGUGUUUCUAUGGAACAUCACAUCAACAGCCGGGAUCCAGCUUGAAAACUACGAUUCCCGUGAUGCCUUUCGAAGACAACGCCCUCUCACUUCCUGCCUAGGACAGUAGUUGGGAAGCCAGGGGACUCGGCUGCGUCGCUCUUCCAUAGAAAGGGCGCUAUGGAUUGGGAAGCUGUAUGAUCGGAGGUUUGGCCAGCUGGGAUCUCCCAGUUCUGGCGGUCGUGGUCUUGCAACGAUGAACAGAACAAAGGUUGAUGAAGAAGAAUAUUGGCACAGUUCCAAGUGUAAGGCCUUUACAUUUGAUGAUGAAGAUGAUGAGCUCUUUCAGCUAAAGGAGUCCAAACGAGCAGUGAACAGCCUCCGAGAUAUUGUGGAUGAUGAUGAUGAUCUUGAGAAAAUCACUUGGAGUGGGGAGCCUGUGGGCAGCAUCUCCUGGUCCAUCAAAGAGACUGCCUCCAGUAGCCACAGCAAUACCUCUGAGGGCAAAGACCUCAGUCUGCAAAAGGGCUCUUCAGGAUUUCCCAAGCAAGCCUCCUCUUACUCAUUAAGCAGUUUUUUCAAAGGAAGAAACAAACAUGGAAGUUUUCAGUCACUUUCAGAUGCUUUAACAGAUACAGGAUUUAAAAAUUAUGCUCCAGAACUGCGCAGACCAAAAGCUGAUUAUAAGGAUUAUAGCAGUGAUUGGAGUCUUAAAGAUACAGUAAGACGACUGCAGAGAGGCAAGAUUUGCUCACUGGAGAGGUUUCACUCGCUUCAGGACAAGUUGCUGUUGCUGGAUGAAGCUGUUGCAGCACAUGAUGGGAAUGUUAUUACAGCUAUUCUAAUAUUUCUGAAGAGGACCUUGAAGAAAGAGAUCUUGUUCAGGGAGUUGGAACUGAGGCAGGUGGCCUUGCGUCAUAUAAUACAUUUCCUCAAGGAAACAGGAGACCAAAAACUCCUCCUGGACCUGUUGAGAUUCCUGGACAGGGCCGAGGAGGUUGCACUGACACAGUACCGGGAACACCUGAGUAUCCAGGAUGCAGAGAAACAAAAAGAGUUUCUGAAAGGUUGCAUUGGGUUACCAUUUUCACCUGAGGAUGCUACUCACGUUCAAGAUCAUUAUACACUCCUGGAGAGACAGAUCAUAAUUGAGGCAAAUGAUAAGCAUUUAGAAUCAGCUGGACAGACAGAAAUAUUUCGGAAAUACCCUCGUAAGGCCUCCAUCCUCAACAUGCCACUGGUCACUACUCUCUUCUACUCCUGCUUUUACCAUUACACGGAGGCUGAGGGAACAUUCAGUAGUCCAGCAAACUUGAAGAAAACAUUUAAGAUUCCAGACAAGCAGUAUGUGCUGACAGCCCUGGCUGCUCGUGCUAAACUCCGAGCUUGGCAUGAUGUAGAUGCCUUGUUCACCACCAAGAACUGGUUGGGCUACACCAAAAAGAAAGCUCCUAUUGGCUUCCAUCGGGUGGUUGAGAUCUUACAGCGGAACAAUGCCCCAGUGCAGGUACUACAGGAGUAUGUGCGCUUAGUGGAAGAUGUUGAGACAAAGCUGAAUCUUGCUGUGAAAUACAAAUGCCAUGAUGUGGUUAUAGAUACAUACAAAGAUUUGAAGGACCGUGUCCAGCUGAUGGCAUAUAGAUGUAAAGUUGAGCGGGGUUCUGCAGCAGAGGAGAAGAUUGAUAGCAUCCUAGGCAACCUGCAAAUCCGGUGGAAGAAUUGAGAAAACGCUAAUUCAUCUCAGAAGCAGCCCGAUUUCCUUUGGCACAAUUAAGUCAAAGAGAAAAACUGCAAAGCACAGCUAGCCAUCU